GUUAUACUUCAUCACAUGUUGUCUAAAGCAACUGUAAAGGCCAGACCCUCUGUCCUAUGGUGUUACAAAAAGGAGCUGGGCUUUAGCAGCCACCGGAAGAAGAGGAUGAGACAACUCCAGAAGAAGAUUAAAAGUGGAACUUUAAACAUAAAGGAUGAUGAUCCUUUUGAGUUAUUUAUAGCAGCCACAAACAUUCGCUACUGCUAUUACAAUGAAACUCAUAAGAUUCUUGGUAACACUUUCGGCAUGUGUGUACUACAGGAUUUUGAGGCCUUGACUCCAAACCUGCUAGCUAGAACUGUUGAAACAGUAGAAGGGGGCGGAAUUGUGGUGAUUCUCCUGAGAACUAUGAACUCACUGAAGCAGCUCUAUACAAUGACCAUGGAUGUACACUCUCGAUAUAGAACAGAGGCACACCAGGACGUGGUAGGACGGUUUAAUGAGAGGUUCAUCCUGUCUCUGGCCUCAUGCAAGAAUUGCAUCGUGAUUGAUGAUCAACUGAAUAUCUUGCCCAUCUCCAGUCACGUUGCAAACAUCACACCUCUUCCUCCACAGUCGCAGGAAGACAGCCUCCGGCCGCAGGACUUGGAGCUGAAAGAACUGAAGGAGAGCUUGCAGGAUACGCAGCCUGUAGGAGUUUUGGUGGAUGGCUGUAAAACCCUGGAUCAGGCAAAAGCAGUUCUAAAAUUUAUUGAAGCCAUUUCUGAGAAGACUCUACGGAGCACUGUGGCAUUGACAGCAGCCAGGGGACGUGGUAAAUCUGCUGCUUUGGGACUGGCUAUUGCUGGAGCAGUAGCUUUUGGUUACUCCAAUAUCUUUGUCACAUCUCCAAGCCCUGAUAACCUUCACACUCUCUUUGAGUUCAUAUUUAAAGGCUUUGAUGCACUGCAGUAUCAGGAACAUCUGGACUAUGAGAUUGUUCAGUCUUUAAAUCCGGAGUUUAACAAGGCUGUUGUCAGAGUGAAUGUGUUCAAGGAGCACAGACAGACCAUUCAGUACAUACACCCUGCUGAUUCUGUGAAACUGGGUCAGGCUGAACUUGUUGUGAUUGAUGAAGCUGCCGCCAUUCCUCUACCCCUGGUGAAAAACCUGCUAGGCCCUUACCUUGUUUUCAUGGCUUCUACAAUCAACGGGUACGAGGGUACUGGUCGAUCACUAUCUCUGAAGCUCAUUCAGCAGCUCCGUCAACAGAGUGCACAAACCCAAGUCACCAUGACAGCAGAGAACAAAUCUACAGCCACAGCUAAACUCACCUCAGCCCGUACGUUGCAUGAAGUCUCCCUCCACGAGUCAAUCAGAUAUGCCCCUGGUGACCCAGUUGAAAAGUGGCUAAAUGAUCUGCUGUGUUUGGACUGUCUCAACAUCACCAGAAUUAUCUCCGGCUGCCCGCUGCCCGAGACUUGUGACCUAUACUACGUAAAUAGAGACACACUUUUUUGUUACCACAGAGCAUCAGAAGUUUUUCUGCAGAGACUGAUGGCCCUCUAUGUGGCUUCACACUACAAGAACUCACCCAAUGACCUCCAGAUGCUAUCUGAUGCACCUGCCCAUCAUCUUUUUUGCCUUUUGCCACCUGUUCCACCUACCCAGAAUUCGUUACCAGAAGUACUUGCUGUUGUUCAGGUGUGCAUGGAGGGAGAGAUCUCUCGCCAGUCUAUCAUGAACAGCCUUUCUAGGGGAAAGAAAGCUUCUGGUGACCUUAUUCCCUGGACCAUUUCAGAGCAGUUCCAAGAUCCGGACUUUGGGGGCCUUUCUGGUGGGCGUGUUGUUCGUAUUGCAGUUCAUCCGGAUUAUCAGGGGAUGGGCUAUGGCAGCAGAGCUCUGACUUUACUGCAGAUGUACUAUGAAGGCAAAUUUCCAUGUUUGGAAGAAACAACAAUUCAAAAGCCAAAAGAAAUUGCAACUGUAAGCAGUGAGACUGUUAGUUUAUUAGAAGAGGUUGUGACACCUCGGAAAGACUUGCCUCCUUUACUUCUCAAACUGAGUGAGAGACAAGCUGAAAACCUAGACUAUCUAGGUGUAUCUUAUGGCCUAACACCAAGAUUACUCAAGUAAGACAUUAUUUGCUAGUUACAUCCAGUGCAAAAAUAUAAAUAUAU